AUGACCGUCACCGCGUCUGCCCCGUUCCAGUUCGCCGUUGACCAUCCUCUUGUUACGAUCAUUGCAGUUAUCGCAUCUCUCUGCGUGCUCGUCGCCCAGCGCUCAAGCCAAGAUGCCCCGCCCUCCCUCCCCGAGGCCCUGCCGUUCAUCAGCAACACGUACCAAUACAUGACGGAUCUGCCGACUUUGAUGGACCGCGUCAGCCACGCGAUGAAGCGCAGCGACGUCGUCAGAGUCUGGCUCGGCCCCAUGCGCGUGUAUCUUGUCAAGGGCGGCGAGAGCGUGCAGGCCAUGUUCCGCGCGUCGUCCACCUUCAGCUACGAAAAGUUCAUCCUCAUGGUGAUCAAAAACCUACAGGGCUCGUCCAAAGAAGACGUUGGCAAGUUCGUCAACGACAAGUCGGGCGUCUCCAAGACGCCGGCCCCGGGCUGGGAAGACCUGCCGCCGGAGCGGAGGUACUGGUAUCAGAUCCACCACCUCGCCGUCGACAACCUCUCCAGGGCCGGCCCCACAGGCCACCUGAUCGGUCUGUACACGAGGUUUCUCGGCGAGGCCUUGGAGAAGCAGCCUCUGGGCGAGUGGGCGACGGUCCGGCUGUUUGACCUGUUAAGGGAGGAUAUGGGCGAGAGCGCGCUCCGCUCCCUGUGCGGUACACGGAUUCUGGAAGUGUUGCCCGACUACAUCCAACAGUUCUGGCGGUUCGACAGUAUCGGGUUCCAGGCGGUGUACGGUCUUCCCAAGUGGAUAAAUCCCAAGCCCGCCGAGGAACGCGAUAGGCUGAGCGACAUGACGCAAAAGUUCCUAAAGGAGGCGUUUGCCACGUUCGACUGGGAUGGGCCCGAUGCCGAGUCGGACUGGGAACCGAUUCUCGGGUCUCGCUACAUACGCCUGCUUCUGAAAUGGCUGGCGGACAGUGACAUGACCAUGCGAACCAUGGCUGGAUUCCACAUGAUCUCGGUACUUGGCGUCAACGCAAACACCAUACCGGUGACAGCGUGGGCCAUGAUGGAAGUCUUACAGGACCGCGAGCUGCUUGAGGCAGUCCGCGAAGAGGCCCUCCAGGCCAUGGUACGAGACCCGGCGACGGGAGAGCGCUCCUUCGACGCGGCGAAGCUCGUCUCGAUGCCUCUGCUGCAGUCCGUCUACGUUGAGUGCAUGCGCCUCCACGUCUCCAUAGCCAUCACGCGCGAGGUCCUCGAGACGACGACGCUCCGCGGCUUCCGCCUGGAAAAGGGGUCGCUCAUCCAGGCCCCGACGAACCUGAUGCACUUCGACGAGCAGGUCUGGGGUCAUGAGGAGCAUCCAGCCACGGAGUUCUGGGCAGGUAGGCACGUGAAGCAGGCCGAGGGGUUGGAUGAGGAGGGGACGGGCCGCGUGUCGGCGAAGAGGCAGUUCGUCAUGGCCGGGAAGCCGAGUGAAUUCUUUCCGUACGGUGGAGGGGUUUCAAUCUGCCCGGGACGCUUCAUCGCAAAGCAGGAGAUCAUUUUGACCAUCGCCAUGCUCGUGACGAGGUUCGACAUGGAGUUUGUCGAGUGGACGUGCGAGGACGGGUCCAAGUCCGACCGGCCCCCGGUUGACGACAAGCAUUAUUUCGGAUCGGCCGCUGUGCCUCCUGAUAGGGAUGUCAGAGUUCGCUGGAAGAGGCUGUGGUAA